UCCUUUUAACAAUUUAAAAGUGAAUCUUAUUGUUUUAAGUCACUUGUAGCAAUUAUGUUUCAAAUUAAUUACCAUUUCAUCGAUUUAAUAAUCUUCGGGUUUAUGGUUUCGUGAUCACGUGACAAAUCACGAAAUCUUAGAAGCCUCAUCGAUUCUCGUUUUUAUUACAUUUCAGAUGGAACAAGAAGAAGUCGAUGUCACCACAGCGCUUAGAAGCGACCUGGCUGCUUUACAAUUUAAAAAAGACCGUUUAACUGAAGAACUUUCCGAGAUGAAGUGUCAAUAUCGAACUAGAGAACAAAGAUGUAUGGAAAUGCAACUUGAAUGUGACCAAUUAAGAGAACAAGCAGCGAGACAAAACGCUGUUAUUCAAUCGUUAAAGAAAAGACUGGUCGAUUUAGAAGAACGUGAAAGGAAUCUUUAUGCGACACAAGGUCGAAAUGAAAUAGCGUUACAAACAUUACAAAGGGACAAUAAGUAUCAAGAGGAUCGUGUAAAAGAAUUAGAAAAAAAAAUUCGAAACUUGGAAUUGGAUUUAAGUUCGGAAGAACAAAAAAAGGAAAGUGCUCGAAACGCUUUUCAAGACUUAAUACGAAGAUUAUCAAUCACUUUAGGGGCGGACAAUGUUUGCGAUUCCGCUUUAAUAUCGAUCGAUAGUUUAAUUCACAAAGCUUCCGAAUUAGUUCAAGAAAUCUCUCGAUUACGAAGCAAAUCCCAUUCGUGUACCGAAACGUUAACAAACGUCGAAAUUGAACUUCGACAAUGUAAAGAACACUUAGAAAGAGUUCUCGACGAAAAGGAGUGUAUUCAACGACAAAACGCAUCCCAAAUGAUUGAAAUCGAUCGAUUACGACAAGAAAAAGAAACAGGUGAAAUGCAUCAAAGAGUUGCAGAUAGAGAAAUUAUUGAACUCAAAGACAAACUCGUCGCUUCAACGAGAAGUUUAGGAUCUGCAGGUUCAAAUAUUGCCCAACAAGAAGCGAAUAUUUGCCAAUUAAAAGAUGAUUUAAAAAUACGCGAAGAAAAAUUACAACGAAUUCAACACGAACAUCGACAAGGUUUGGAAUCGUUUGCUGCUUUAUUAUCAACACCUGGUUGUUUUAUUGAAUGUUGCGAAACUGCUAUAAGAGAUAGAAUAAGGGAUUUAGUAACGGAAAAUAAAGAUAAAUGUGCUCAAUUAGAAGCAUUAAGAGAAAAGCUUUCACAUGAUUCAUCUCAAUUAGGACGACAAGUAUCAAUGUAUGAACAACUAAAUUCACGUGUUAGAACAUUAGAAGAAGAGAAAUGUCAUUUAGAAGCUAGAUUACACAAGGCAGAUACGGAAAUUAAUUCCUGCGAGGUCUCGAGGGAAGGUUUAAAACGAGAUAAAACGACCUUUAUGAAUUUCUUGGAGAGGCUUGCAAGGGCAUUGAACAUGGAGGAAAUAUCACAUGACGUCGGUGUGGAACUUCACACGGAAUCAUUACUUUUACGAGCAGAACAGUUAGCACGGCUUGAAAGUGAUAAACUCGUUGAUAAGCUGCUAUGUUGUGGAUACGGAACAUUACCACGUUUACGACGCGAACGUUCGUUUCACGAUCUUCCUUCACGCGAAACCGCCACCGUUUAUCAGUUACAAAGAAGAUUGCGCACGUUAAGGGAACAAGUACAAAGAAAAGAUUUACAUUUAGAUUUAUUAAGGAGGAAAUUAUCUCUACAAGAGGAUAAUGCAAAAGCGAAAUGUUUAUUGCAAAGUGAAAGAGACGAGGCUUCGAUAAGAAUUCGAAAGUUAAUGAAGCAAUUGGAAAAGGUUCAGAUUCAAUUCGCUGAUUCAAAGAGUCAAAUUAGGGAACUUAACGCUCAAUUAGCUGAAGCUGCUGAUUUUAAAAUAACAGCAUUGGAGCGAGCGCGGAAAAUCGAGGAGUUACAAAAGCGCCUGAUAGAGUCUGAAGCGCUUCGUACAAAAUACAAUAGGAAAGUGAGUAUGUUGAAAGACCAGGUUAGAAACACCGGAGACACCAUAGAACAAGAACGGAGCAUGAAUGAACACUCCAUUCAAUUAUUAAGGGACGAUUUGGCCAGAAUGAAGGAAUCUUUAUCGGAACUAAACAGAAGGGAAUCUCAAUUGUUGGGAUUUAGAAGUUCAGUAGCGAAAAUUUUGGGGUGCAUCCUUCCAAUGCCUGAUUACGAGUUAAUUUCGCGUUUACAAAAAUUAGUUGACGCUCAUCAUGAUUUUACUAUUGUAUCGAGAAGGUACGAUGAUCCCGUUCUUAGAAUGACUUCAAGAAGCCCAACUGGAGGUAGUCGAUGCACAACGAGAUGUACUCCCGAUCGAUCUAGAUAUGAUGAUUCCGGAUACACAGAUGCCGCGGAUAUUGACGAUAUAGAUGAUGAUUUAUUUAAACGAAGAGGAAAUUUAUGACACACGCACUUUAAAGUUUAACCACUUAAUUAUUAAUUAGAUGAUGUAGAACCAAAAG